UUUUGCCUAGCUGCUUCCUAACAAAUCGUAGACAGGAGGCUUCCUAAUCAAUCAAGAAUCAUUAAUUAUUUCAAAACUAUUUCUUGAACCUUAAUUUUCACCUCGUACUUCCGUGUUAUAUCCUAUUUUUAUUUCUGUUUACUGUACUUGAUUAACUGUAUAUGUUUUUCAUAGCGUAUAAAUCUUUGGAGGUAACCGGGUUUUGUAAAAACAACAAUCUGCUCUGUUAUAAGUAUAUUUUUUUCACAUCUGUAUAAUCAAGCUUCAAUGUCAAAUAAUAAUACUAAACAUUUUUUGUAUUUUGCUUAUGGUAGCAACUUACUUAAGGAGAGGCUGCAACUGAAUAAUCCGUCCGCAGAGUUUUACUGCAAGGGCAGGAUAAAGGAUUACACUUUGAAUUUUGGAAACUGGAAGGGGGUUGAGAGUUCUUGGCAUGGUGGUGCUGCCACUAUCACUGAAAGUCUGGGAGAUGAUGUGUGGGGAGCUGUUUGGAAAAUGAACAAAAGUGACCUACAGAGUUUAGAUAAGCAAGAAUGUGUAGAAAUGGGAAUGUACAGACCCUUGGAGGUUACAGUGGAAACAGAAAAAGGUGAACUCAGCUGUCGAACCUAUAAGAUGAAUGAAUGCGUCGUUACUGAUACUUCGCCUCAGUAUAAACAGGUUGUCUGUUUAGGAGCCAAACAGAACAAUCUGCCAGUCGAAUAUAUAAAGAAGCUGGAGGCUAUUGAAACCAACAACUAUAGUGGACCUACCCCACUGAAUCAAAUUGAGGAUGUUAUGAAAUAAGGUGUCAAGAGAUAAAAGAUAAAAACACAUAGGGUUAUAGGACAGUGAACAGCUGUGUAUGUGGGUAAUAUUAGCACAUGUAGAAGCUUGUUUAAUCAAUACACAGUUGCUCGCAGUCCUAUAAAUCGCUUAUACACUGCUUUAAUGGUAAUAUACAAGUAAUAAAUCCAGCUAUAUUUGUUUUUAAUCAUUAUCAAGCUUUAUUUAGUCCACUACAUUUUCACUGAAAAAAGGGAAAUGGUUAUUGAAGAGAAUACUGGGUGCGUUAAGUAAGUGAGCCGCUCAGAGUGAGAACACUCAGAAAGCACACUGAGCUCAUUUAAAUGACUUAACGCUCUGCUCCACCAGAGCGCUAAGCGACAUUUAAAAAUGGAGAAUAAUAAUUCUUUGCUUGUGUGUGUUUAAGAGGUGAUGGUAGAUGAAAUGGCCCUGUGUGAAGUUACUGUCCCCUGCUGUACCUCACUGAGUUUGGCGCUCUGUUUGGACAGAACCUCAUAUCUGGCUGUGUUUAAUACCAACAUUAAUAAUUAAAAUUAUGAAUAAUAUUAAUACUACAAGCC